GAUGAAGAUUGCAGAGGCCAGCGUUUUACUUGCGACAUGCAUUCUCCUGUUUUCAGGACAUGGCGUCUUUUCUUUCUCCUAUGACUAUUCUGCAACAAUGGAGUGCUUGGCAGCGCCCAAGAGAGCUCAAUAUGGUGGAGGGAUGAUUGGGUUUAAUCAAAGAACAAAUGGAUCCACAUUGUCGAGCGAAUUAGGAGUUUCAAAUGAUGGGUUACACAAUACAACACUCUCAUUGAAAACUGUAAAGCUCGAGAAAGGAAAUUUAUAUACAUUUUCAGCUUGGGUUCAAAUCAGCAAUGGGAGUGAAAGUGAGACUGUAGCUGUUGCAUUCAAGGCUUCUAAUGGUGAAUUGGUACAUGGAGGUGAAACUAUGGCUAAACAAGGGUGUUGGUCACUGUUAAAAGGUGGCAUAGGUGCUGAAUUUACAGGCGUUGUUGAGAUUCUUUUGAUGGUAGUUGUUUCGGUUUAUUCGAGCAAAGCAAUGGAGAUUCGAGUCGAUAAUGUUUCGUUGCAGCCGUUCACAGCAAAGGAAUGGAGAUCCCACCAAGACAAAAGUAUUGACAAGGUUCGUAAGAAGAAGGUGAGUUUCAAGGUAACAUAUGCCAAUGGAACUGCGGCUGAUGGUGCUUUGAUCUUGAUACUUCAAACCAAGUCCGGUUUCCCAUUCGGAUGCGGAAUGAACCAUUAUAUCGUCACGGAUGAAGCUUAUCGGCAAUGGUUCGCCUCGAGAUUCAAGGUUACCAGUUUCACCAACGAGAUGAAAUGGUACAGCACUGAAAAAACACGAGGCGUAGAGAACUAUACCGUUGCGGAUGCAAUGGUGAAUUUUGCCGAACAAAAUGGGAUUUCCAUUAGAGGUCAUAAUGUUUUCUGGGACAAUCGUGUAAUGCAGCCUAAAUGGGUUAAAGAACUUCCACCAGCCGAGCUAAUGAAAGCUGCAACUCGAAGGUUGAACUCGGUGGUUUCGAGAUAUGCAGGACGGUUAAUCGGGUGGGAUGUAAUGAAUGAGAAUCUACAUUUCAGAUUCUUCGAGGACAAACUUGGGGAAAACGCAUCUUCAAUGUUCUACUCGAUGGCUUACCAUCUCGAUCCGAGUAUGACUCUUUUUAUGAACGAGUACAAUACAAUCGAAAACAGCAAGGAUCAUACAGCAACUGCUUGUAAAUACAAGGAGGAACUUGAGAAGAUCCUUUCAUUUCCUGGCAAUGCAGGCUUGAAGGCAGCAAUAGGAUUAGAAGGCCAUUUUCGUGAUCCGAAACCGAACAUAGCUUUCAUGAGAUCAGCUUUGGACAUUCUAGGAACAAUGGGGUUACCUAUAUGGCUUACGGAAGUUGAUGUCGGUGGGGGACCAGAUCAGGCACACAACUUGGAAGAUAUACUAAGGGAGGGCUAUUCUCAUCCUGCAGUCGAAGGGAUUAUCAUUUUCGGCGGUCCGAUAGCUGCCGGAUUCAAGUGUAUGACGCUGGCAAAUUAUGAUUUCGAACCUACGCCUGUCGGAGAAGUUGUAGACAAGUUGAUUAAUGAGUGGAAAUCUGGGAGGAGACAAGUUAGAACAGAUAGUAGAGGAAUGUCUGAAAUUUUACUCUUUCAUGGUGAUUACAGGGUAAAAGUGAGCCAUCCUUUGAUUAACAGUUCAAUGAGUAUCAACUUUAAGGUAACGAAAGAGACAGAAAACAUUACUGUCUUGCUUCAAUUUGAUGCUUGAAUUGUUGUUAUAAAGCUCAGAUGAUGGCUAGUAAUAAAAGUCUUUUGAAGAUCUGUUAUAAAAUUUUACUAUA